CCUGGUGGGGAAUUCCUCUCCCCCGCACACUUUCCAACACAGGGCUGUGGCGGGUCACAGCCUGUGGGGCAUGAAUCAGCCUCCCGGGCUUUGCACAGGCACGCUCCGCCCCGUCCGGGGUCGGGAGGACACUCACCCUACAUAAAGCAGGCACCCACCACAUCGGCACCCAGGCUGCCUGGAGGCUGGACUCCGUGCACCCUCUUCCCGCUGGCACAUUCAAGGAACGCCUCGCCCCGAGGGCCACUCAAACCGGACAGCAUGGACUCUACUUGCCUCCUCGGGCUGUUGCUUCUGCCGUUGCUCCUGAUCGGGACCGCGCUGGGCAACGGGGCUCAGGAGGCGCCAGGCUCCCCUGCUCCUCCAGAAGGAAACAAGGCAGACAUCUGCCUCCUGUCCCCCGACGUGGGGCCGUGCCGGGCCCGGAUCCCCAGUUACUACUACGACAGGUACACGCAGAGCUGCCGCAUAUUCUUCUACGGGGGCUGCCAGGGCAACGCCAACAAUUUCGAAACUUUGGAGGACUGCAAUGAAGCUUGCUGGAGGAUAGAGAAAGUUCCCAAAAUUUGCAGGUUGGAAGUCAGUAAGGGGCAGUGUGGAGCGCGCACAGGAGAGUAUUUCUUCAAUCUAAGUUCCAUGACAUGUGAAAAAUUCGUAUCUGGCGGGUGUCACAGCAAUAAGAACAGGUUCCCGGACAAGGAUACUUGUAUGGGCUUCUGUGCACCAAAGAAAAUUCCGUCAUAUUGUCACAGUCCAAAAGAUGGGGGACUAUGCUCUGCUAAUGUGACUCGCUAUUAUUUUAAUCCAAGACACAAAGCCUGUGAGACCUUCACCUAUACUGGUUGUGGAGGGAAUGACAAUAACUUUGUUAACAUGGAGGACUGCACACAUGCUUGUAUAAAAGCGGUGAGGAAGCAAAAGAAUAAGAAGAUGCCAAAGAUUGUCUUUGCUCAUAGAAGGGUGAAAACUUGGAAGAAGUAAUUUUAACCUUUUUCCCUAUAUGUCAUCUCGUGGAGCUAUUGCCUCUAUGGUUAUAUCUGAAGAAUAAUAUGGUGAUAUGGGGAAAUGAAUCAUGAAUGAUUUACACACCAGUUUUUAUUGCUACAGGUUACUUUUUUGUGUAUUUUUACACAUAACUAGCCGCUAUUCAAAUGUGAAUCUAUUAUUUUUAAUUUACUGUUCACAUAUAUUUUAAUGUAAUUGAAUUCUUGCUGUGCAUAAGAUAUAAAAGCAAAUAUGAUUCACCC